CCUCUCCAACAGCACAUGCCUGUGCCUGUGGCAAUGGAUCACCAUCAUCUUGCUCAGUCAUACGCCCUCGGUGACAGUACGCCUCCGCGAAAGCGUUCCAAAGUUUCUCGGGCUUGCGACGAAUGUCGGAGAAAAAAGGUCAAAUGUGACGCUCAGUCCGAUUCUGGGGAUAACCCGUGCUCUAAUUGCAAGCGCUCCGGCAUUCGUUGCAUGUUCAGCCGUGUUCCUCAGAAACGCGGCCCAAGCAAGGGGUAUAUCAAGGAACUUGCCGAUAGGAUCAACAGCAUCGAAGGCAAGUUGGAGAUUCAGAGUCCUGGCGAGGACGCCAGUCGUAAGCGGCCGUUCUCCAGCAUUUCCAGUGCCGAUCUAUCUACCCCAGCGCCACAGAGACAGACUACUUGGGGAACCGAACACCGUCCUCUUCAGCCCAUGACGACGCCAUCGGAUCGUUUCCAGUCGUCUCCCUUCACCACCAACGGCUUGGCUCCUCAGCCCAUGCCUAUCAAGAACGACAUGCAACCUCGCCCUCCUGUUGCUCCUAUGGAUGGUCCAGUCACAGACAUGCCUGAUAUCGACCAGGCUCGAGAUGUAGACGACGAGGUAUUCAAUGGUUACCUCACGAUAAUUCAACCCUACCUCCCGUUCUUGCCGAGCAGCAAAGCACUGAUCCAGGAUUACUUGGCACAGUGCCCUGGUCUUCUUCGCGAAGCGUUUGUUGAGGCUCUCUCGGGAACCAUUCAUUCAUUCCCUUCUUUUCAAUCGGGUGGCCUCGGAGAUGUCCGUCUCGCCCAUACCCUACUUGUAGAAUGGGAGGCCAGUGAUUCCACCUCGCGAACUCCAGUGGCGAAUCUGGUCUUCCUUCAAACCCUUCUUCUCAUGAUAAUUGAGGCAGACAACCGGCCCUUGGGUUCCAUUGGCGCACCUAAAGAAUCACUGCUUGGCCGAGCUGUGGCGAGCGCCAAUGCCUUGAAGCUGUACCAGGCCAAGGCGGAUUUGUCCGAGGCCGAGGCCGGAUCAGAUACCGAGUGUCAGCUUCGCGUCAGAAUCUGGUGGUCACUGGUUUUGCUUGACAGAUGGAACGCAGUGGGUGCUGCAGUGCCCUCAUUGAUUCGAGAUGAGAGUGUCAUUGUGUCACCCAGCCUCAAGGUGGUUGUUGGAGAGGUCCAGUACCUCCUAAUUCGCGCCUCAAAGUUUCUGAGCCGUGCAUCAGUUAUGAUAACCAACUUCCAAGAACCGCUGAACUCGACCUUUGCCGAUCGGAUGGUUGGCUCUUUCAUGGAUGCCUGGAUAGAAGACUUCCGUGAGGACCUACCUGCUCACAUUGAGGCUGGCUCAUACCCCGUCGUCCAUCUGGUAUACUGGCACUGUCGGUUAUUGGCUUACUUGCUGAACCCCUCUGCCCAGUCGACGGACGCUUUAUGGCCCAGCCAGGAGUUGGUCAACCUGCUUGUCAGCCAUUCACAGCUCAUAACGCCAAUGCACCAUCAUUUUACUGUUCUCGCCAUCUUGACACUGGUUGAGCUGACAAAGGUGGACAAGACAAAGGAGGAUGCCACAAGGCUUCUGGGUGAAUUCAGCGACUCGUCGCUGCCGGCUUCUGUAUUUGAUGGCCUAGUUCGGGACAAAAUCGCAGAUCACUUGCGUCCGCCCACCAGUGCUACUGCGGCUUUGGCCUCGUCGGCGAUGGAGGUCGCAGCAAGCCAGGGGCUUCAACAUCUGGCUGAUUUGGCCACUCUUUCGUCAGCGGCUGUGGGAAAGCAGGAUGAUGCUCCCGCUUACCGUACUGCACUCAACUACCAAGACAUGGGCUUCGAUCCUCGGCCACUGCUGCUUGUCGGUUACCUCAACGUUGUCCGCGCAACUCAGCAAGCAGCUUAGGAAGGUUGUCAGCUUGCCUAUGCCGGACAGCAGCAGCAGGAGCAGCAGCAGCCACAGCCACAGCUACAGAAUAUGCAGCCGUACAUGACACCGGAGGCAGAGAUGCAACAGCAACAACAACAGCAGGAAUCGCGUCAGCUGGAGCAACGGAUUCUAGCACUGCAAGAUUACAAGGAACUCCCCAUGAGUUCCGCCAGCCGUAUGGAUUCGAACGGCAGUAUGUAUUACUGGUCUUACUGAGGAUGAUUGCGGCGCUUUACAGAGAGAGAGAGAGAGAGUGUGUGUGUGUGUGUGUGUGUAUGUGUUGGGGGAGGGGGGGGCGUGCAAGUCGGUCAGGGCUUACCAAAAGUGAUGGCUAAAGAUUCAUCUGAACCUUCUCAUCACGCCUGGCUGGAAGGCUCGAUGGUUUGUAUUAUAACUUGAAAGUGUACUGUACCAUGUUUCUUUGCAAGAAAGCCCGCCUCUUGUAUAUGUGUAUAGCUGUCAUUUGCAUGUCUGUCCUCCACUGUUCUUCAUGGUUUAGUCAGGAGCUUCAGACCUUCACCGCAAGAGUCGUGUUGUCAAUUU